ACACGUGGCCUGAAGAUCAAGUUUAACACCGGUGGUACAUAUGGCACGGAACCUGUUAAUAAUGUAAUAUGUGACAUAUAUAAUGUUUAAAUACAAUCAGUUCAGUGUAGUCACUUGCAAUAAUAUUCUUUGAUAAACAUUCGAAACUUUUUUUUUUAUAUGAAGUAAUUAGCUCACACAUUAAAGUUAAAGACAUGGAAUUUAUUUAAUAAAUUGUCUCAUUUGCUAAAUAAUCUAUCAAAUUGUAUCCAUGAGAAUUGACUAAUCACGUAAAGCACGCACGAUUCGCGUGAAAAGUCCACAAUCGGAAGGUAAAACCUGCGAGCACGCGAGUCGAGUAAAGAAAGCAACAAACGGGGACGAAAGAAGGGGCGUUGGAACGGGAACUGAAGGUUCGAAUGGUUCUUGUUUUUGUUGCAGAACGGCGGGACGGUGCUGAAAGACUCGACGACGGAGGAAGUGAGCGGCGGGGUGUCGGGGAAAUUCGGUGACUCGCCACCGAUCAGUCUGACGCAGGAAGGUGGCUCGCUGUCCGACAGCGGCAUCUCCGACAGCGGUAGCGAGCAAGAGCUGAGCGAACGCGAGCGUAGACUGGCCGCCCUUCGUCGGUUGACCCGUAGCUUGGAGAGUCAGCUGGCGCCCGGAAGCGAGGCCCUCGUCGAACUCUUGAAACGCGUCGAGGACGCGGAAACGGAACUCCGCGAUCUUCAGAAACAGUGUCGGGAGCUGAUUGUACGCACCGCUGCCAGCGUCGAGGCGCGAGCUGCGAAAAAGACCAGCAGUCAAGUUCAUCACUUCGUCGACAAACGCAAGAAGCCCGUUGCCACGGAGAUGUCGAAGGAGAGUGCGAAGCUGGUGGUGAGGCCGGUGCAAGCGAAAAACGGAGCCACGGACGGAGGAGAUCCCGACAACGAGCCAGAUCUUCCCCACAGCUGGGUCUGGCGCAUUCUGAGAGCAGCUCUGCCGUUCCAGUUGGCCCUGGUCGCUCUCUUCUGCGCUGCCUGUCUCCUCGAGCCACACUGCUGCGAGGCGACCAACACGUUGAACUUCUCGUUGACCCCUCAGCUACGAUACGUUAGGGGACCUCCACCUGUG